AUGGCAUCUGUGGAGAAUACACUGAGGAAAACCAGCUCGGAGUCUGACUCAGAUAGUGAUAAGUCGUCUCUAUUCGACUCAGCUCCCUCCAGCCCGUCAUCCACCUCGGCAUUGAAAGAGGAGCGUAAACUCAAAAAGCUGCCCGACUCGAAAACGCCGUCAACGUUCAAAAAGGAGGACCUUCACCACUCUGUUAGGCCCUCGAGGCCAGUAUCUCAGUAUGUCACUCCUCCGCUACCGAUGGAGGAGAAAGCGAAAGUUUCUAGCUUCAUGAGAGGCUCAAAGAAUGUCCAGUUAAGAAAGAAGCAUGACCCUCAAAAGAGAUACUCCACAACUCUGGCAGACCUCCGGCUCCCGCCCUCGAGAAUGUCUGCUCAGAAAGAGCACUAUCGUGUAGAAUCCCGAGAGCGUACCUUGAAUUCACAAACUGCAUCGACCUCUCUGAAAGAUCGAUCCAUAAUUUCUGUUCCUAGAGCGCCCAAUUGGCAGUUACCACCACACAUUCAAGCCCAAAGAAGAAUGAGUCCUUAUACUCACGACAAAAGCUCCAAUUCUCGACUAGGGCUGAUACGGCAACAGCCACGCUCUGCAGAUUCGGACCCUGCAAACGUUCUCAAACUCAAAAUCUCGUGCACAGAUACUCCUGAAGAUAUCGUGGCGAUUAAGCUUCGAAAAGAUCGCCUACGCAGCCCGACAGAACUCGUCGAUGUCGUCAUGUUUAAACUUGCAGGCAAGUUGCCAUGUUCGAAGGAGAAGGUGAAGAUUUCGUUGGUGUUUCCAGACUCCUCCCUCAAACCAGUCAAGCUAAAAUCUCCAAGUAGCCAUGGCGCUCAACCGUAUGCGUCUGAAGACUUCAUGAUGGGCUACAUCCAGGCGAAAAGAAAAAUAUACGUUCGGGUCUCUUCUUGA